AUGCUAUCUUGUGUUGUCGCCUCUUCAGGAAUCCUAUCAGUUGCGACAACUACUGCUGUUGGGCGUUGUCUUCAUCCUUGCGGAAUCCCCAGAAGAAUCAGUGGGUUUCCGGUCAGCCUGCAGAAUAUCAGAUUGUUGUUUGUGACAAUGACGUCAAGUGGGCAGCAGCAGUUUCCGCCGCAGAAGCAGGAGAGCCAGCCGGGGAAGGAGCAUAUCAUGGACCCUACCCCUCAAGUUACCCACCCCCACUACAAGCCCUCUAACAAGCUCCAAGGGAAGGUGGCGCUUGUGACCGGCGGCGACUCCGGCAUAGGGCGGGCGGUGUGCCACUACUUCGCGCUGGAGGGCGCAACCGUGGCCUUCACCUACUUGAAGUCCCACGAGGACAAAGACGCGCAGCACACCCUCUAUAUGCUAAGAGAAGCAAAGGGCAGCGACGCCAAGGACCCCAUGGCAGUACCCACAGACUUGGGAUUCGACGACAACUGCAAGCAAGUCGUGGAGCAGGUGGCCAACGCCUAUGGCCGAAUCGACAUUCUCGUCAACAACGCUGCCGAGCAGUACAAGGCCAUAUCUGUCGAGGAGAUUGACGAGGAGCGGCUCUCGAGAGUCUUCAGGACCAACAUCUUCUCUUACUUCUUCAUGUGCAGGCGUGCUUUGGAACACAUGAAGGAAGGAGCGUGCGUCAUAAACACGACCUCAGUGACGGCAUACAAGGGCAAUCCGGAGCUGCUGGACUACACAGCCACGAAAGGGGCAAUUGUGGCCUUCACCAGAGGGCUUGCUCUUCAGCUAGUCGGCCGUGGAAUCCGCGUCAAUGGCGUCGCCCCCGGUCCGGUCUGGACGCCGCUGAUCCCGGCGUCCUUCGACAAGGAAGAGACGGCGAAAUUCGGGUCCGAGGUGCCCAUGAAGCGGGCGGGCCAGCCGGCUGAGAUUGGCCCUUCCUAUGUUUUCCUUGCUUCCAAUGCAGACUCUUCCUACAUCACUGGCCAGGUCCUCCACCCCAAUGGGGGAACAAUCGUCAAUGGCUGAACGGUUUGGGCAGAGAAUGUGCAUGAAAUAUGAAGCUCCAUCGUUACGUUACCAACAGUUCGUUAUGUUUGUUAUAAUAACUGCUACUAGUAAGCUGUGUGUUCAUUGAGAUCAAAGUCGUUGAAUAUAUACAUACAUGAAAAAUGUUACUUUGUCCGAAUGAGGAUGGCUGAGAGAUGAUCGAAGGUGCUAAGAGACAAAAAUGUCCUUAUCCAAUUUGCAAAUUCAUCAUCCUUGCCCUUAGUCAC